AUGGGGUCGAGUGUUAGGAAAAAGAAGGAGAAAAAGAAGGACUUUCAGAAAGCCAAGCUGAAAGUCGGCAAGGCAAAGGAGAAACCUGCCAGCUUCACAGACACAAGCUUCAAGUCAAGAGCCAUUGUUGUUGCUCAAUCAUCCUUGACGGUUGAGGGACCAAAUCCCGUCGAGCAGUUCAAGCACUACUUGUCAAUCGCAUCUACUUCUCGCUCAGAAAACCAGCGCAGAGAUGCACUGGCUUUUUUGACCACCCAGUUAUCCCAUCAACCACCCAACAAUCCAGUUGGUACGCCAGCAAUACUGGCUAAGCUGCUCCCUCUGAUAGCGGAUGCCAACUCGGGAGUUCGCACCCAAUUGCACAAGCUUCUGCAGGCUCUCUCGCCGGCAGAUAUACAGCCGCAAGUGGAAAAGGUCUUGAUGUAUGUUCGGGCUGGUAUGACACACCUGUCGGCCGAUAUCAGAGAUGAUACGCUCAGUAUAAUGGAGUGGCUGCUCGAGAUCGCUGGUAGUGAGGUUGUCUCCUGUGCCGGUGGAUGGAUGAAGACUCUGAACGUCUUUUCCGCUAUGCUCGGCUGGAGCAGUAUCGUGGCUGCAAAUGCUGCUACUGCUGCUUCUGGAUCGGCAACCCGCAACAAGGGUUGGACCUCUGCGCCUAAGAGCACAUUCGGUGCAGCUAAGGGGGGCGCGUCAUACGCAAGGCAACUUCUUGCUCUCGCAAAGUUUCUUGAGAUAGGAUUUCGGCUAGAGGCUAGAGGAUCCGGAGGACAAGGAACCCUCUGGAAUAGUCUGUAUCGUCUUCCGCGGACCUCGAAUCCUUUUGGGUAUCUCAACCUUUUUGGGGCGCCAAGGGACGAGGACAGUGAGAUCUAUGCCGAUCGUGAGGACCGGCAACGAGUAUUUUUGAGGAAAUGGCACGCGGUCGCUAUAAAAGGCCUGGAAGAGGCCAGAAAGGAAGGGGGUGCGGUUGGUCGUGCGGGUGCAGUAUUAGAUCAGACACUAAAAGAUGGACUGGCGGAUUACGAUGACCAUAUAUCAUGA